AUGGACGCCAUCGCCAGCGCUGUUCUUCAACAAGUUCAAAGUCACUGUCAAGGAGGAUACUUGCACGGUCGCAUGCUCAGUGGGGUCAAGAUCCGUCGGAUUGGGCUGUCCUACCCAGCAUUCUGGAGGCAAGAGGAGCGUACCUUCUACGAACAUAUCAUUAGAAGAGUCAUGCCCGAGUUUGCAGACAUUUUCGCAAACGACACUGAUGUAGACUUCCAUGUGGAAAGUCUGGCUUCGGCCCACAACUUAUUCUGGAACCAACGCCAACACAACAAGUUCCUCCAAAUUUCCGACAAACCUACAUUAUUAGUCUUCCUGGACUUUGGUGGCUACACUUUGAACGGCUGCACAAGUGGCGGCACUCAAUUGUGGGAGCGAGCUUUCGGAGACUUUGCAGCCAGAUACUUUGAGAUGCAGCAGGGAUUCAAGCUACCUUCAAGAGAGCGUAUGCAGCUUUUGCAAAGCUUUCACCUGCAGAUCAAGAAGUUCAACUCAGAUAAGAUCAAUGAUAUGUCGCUACAUGUCACAGAUCCGGAGAAUGCAACGAGAUCACGGACGGUGUAUCUUACGGAAGUACAAGCUGGGCAAUGCUUUUGGGAAGGGAUGAAGCGGCCUAUCGAGCUGGCAAAGGAGAAGGUUGCCGAGGCAGCGACUCUGAGCGACAGGGUCCGAGUUGUCGUUUCCGGCGGAAGUGGCAAAAGCUCCAUCGUUCAAGCCCAUGUCCAUGAUGCGUGCAGAAAAGCCAACAUUGAUGCUCCGUAUUUCUUUUACGAAAAGGCGGGAGAUAAAGAGUAA